CAAAAGGCAAUUCACACAUUACAUUUCAGAUGAGUGUCUAUUCAUUUCAUUACAAUUAUCCAACUAUCAAUUGAUACAACUGCUCAAAAUGAUAAGUAACUGUUGCAUUACUCUUAAUGCAUAGUUGUAUGGAAACAGACAAAUAAUAUUCCAUGUUUAGAUCAUGAAAGUUUCAAGAUAACGAGAUUCAUUGUCACCAAUUAGCGUGGAGCAUGAACCAAUUAGACUACAUUAUCUAUGGAUGUAAUAUUUCAUCAUCAUUCUUUAUCAGACACCGUUUCAAUGGUCCCAUGUACCACCUUUUCAGACUAUUUACAGUAUUGACAGUACUGCACUGUAUGGAUGCAGGCCCUUCUAAUUGCUUGUCCAAUCCUGCCAACUCGUUACUGAUGACUGAGUUCACAUUGUGGAGCGAGUAUAUAAAGAAUUGAUUGGGAUCCACUUGCAACAACAUAGUGAUACGUAACAUGGAGCCGACAGGUGAUCCAGGUCACAGUAGAGGUCAAGCAGUGGUGGGAGGAAGACGAGGAAGACAAAGGAAUGGCAGGGGACCAGCACCCCUUCUGAGAGGUGGUCAUGGGUCUCGUUUGAGAGGGGUGGGGGAACGUGGUAGAGGACAAGGCCACGGACCAAGACAGCGGCAGCAACAGCAAAGAGUGUCCAAUGAAAUGCGAGCAAUAGUUGUAGACCAGGUCAUAGAUCAUGGCAUGACAAUGACUGAAGCGGCUACAAUGAUACAACCAAACAACAGAAGGUCAACAGUGGCCUCAAUAAUCAGAACUUUCCGCAAUGAGAACCGAAUUGAGACUAGACCAAAUAGGGGAGGCCGAGGCAAAAUUCGGACUGACCAACAAGAGCAGGCUGUGGUCAAUUUGGUUCGGGCCAGAAAUGAUAUUCGCCUUACAGAAAUUCGCCAGCAUAUCUUGGACAAUGAAGACAUGUUUAACAAUGUGGAAUCUGGGGUGAUGGAGCUGGAUGCUGAUGACAACCAUCACAAAUUCAUAUAUUUGGAUGAGGCAGGCUUUAACCUGGCCAAGACAAGGAGGAGGGGUCGGAAUUUCAUUGGCCAGCAGGCAACCAGCCAAGUACCUGGAAACGUGGGGCCAACAUUACCAUGUUGUGAUAUCAGAAGAUGGUGUGAUGGGACGCAGACCUCAUAUUGGAUCAUAUAAUGCAGCUCUCCUUGUAACCUUCCUUGAUGAGCUCAAUCAGGUUGGUAGAGCUGAUGGCGUGACCCAUGUCAUUGUGUGGGACAAUGUCAGGUUCCACCAUGCUCAUGUGGGGCAAGCAUGGUUUCAGGCCCAUGCACAAUUUACCCCCCUGUAUUUACCCCCAUACUCUCCUUUCCUUAACCCCAUUGAGGAAUUUUUCUCCACAUGGAGAUGGAAGGUAUAUGAUAGGCCCCCUCAUGAACAAGUCACUCUUCUCCAGGCCAUGGAUGACGCAUUUAAUGACAUCACGGCAGACCAGUGUCAGGCCUGGAUUCGCCAUGCCCAAAGGUUGUUUGGCUAAUGAAAACAUCCAUUGUGAUGUAGAUGAGAACCUGUGGCCCAAUCCACAAGACAGAGUUGAUUAAAAUAUAGAAGUACAGUAAU